AUGAAAAUACAUACUGGAGAAAAACCUUUUUCAUGUAAUAUCUGUGAAUAUAAAUGUAUUCAAAAAAGUGAUUUGCAAAAUCAUAUGAGAAUACAUACUGGAGAAAAACCUUUUUCGUGUCAUAUCUGUAAACAUCAAUGUAUUCGAAAAAGUCAUUUGCAAUCACAUAUGAAAAUACAUACUGGAGAAAAACCUUUUUCGUGUCAUAUCUGUAAAUAUCAUUGUAUUCGAAAAAGUAAUUUGCAAACACAUAUGAAAAUCCAUACCCGAGAAAAACCUUUUUCAUGUAAUAUCUGUGAAUAUAAAUGUGUUACAAAAAGUCAUUUGCAUUCACAUAUGAAAAUUCAUACUGGAGAAAAACCUUUUUCAUGUAAUAUCUGUGAAUAUAAAUGUAUUAGAAAAGAUGUGUUGCAAAGGCAUAUGAAAAUACAUACUGGAGAAAAUCCUUUUUCAUGUAAUAUCUGUGAAUAUAAAUGUAUUCAAAAAAGUAAUUUGCAAACACAUAUGAAAAUACAUACUGGAGAGAAACCUUUUUCGUGUAAUAUCUGUGAAUAUAAAUGUAUUCAAAAAAGUGAUUUGCAAAAGCAUAUGAAAAUACAUACUGGAGAAAAACCUUUUUCAUGUAAUAUCUGUGAGUAUAAAUGUAUUAGAAAAGAUGUGUUGCAAAGGCAUAUGAAAAUACAUACUGGAGAAAAACCUUUUUCAUGUAAUAUCUGUGAAUAUAAAUGUGUUACAAAAAGUCAUUUGCAAUCACAUAUGAAAAUACAUACUGGAGAAAAGCCUUUUUCGUGUCAUAUCUGUAAAUAUCAAUGUAUUCAAAAAAUUAAUUUGAAAAGGCAUAUGAAAAUACAUACUGGAGAAAAGCCCUUUUCGUGUAAUAUCUGCAAAUAUAAAUGUAUUACAAAAAGUAGUUUAAAAACACAUAUGAAAACACACACUUGA